AUGAUCACAACGCGAUUUUACCCAUUUAUCAACGGAAAGGUAUCAAGCGAAUUUAUAUGUCCUGCAGAUGGAAGAUGGCCUGAUCCCAAGGAUUGCGAAAAGUAUUUAACAUGUAAUAGCGGAAUUAGCGUGGGCGGUUGGUGUGGUAGUGGAAUGGCGUACGAUGUUGAUAACAAACGUUGUGAUCUUUCGAAAAAUAUUGAGUGUAAUGCUGGCGAGAGACCAAAUUGGACUCCACCGGAAAAUUGGCAAAACGACGAAUCCGUAAAAAGUGUUUCUACUAAAACAACACAUGACGAUAGUACGACGACCAUACGACAUGUAUCAAUUAAACGAAAUCAGAAAACAACAUUAACAACAAAGACUACUGUACAAAAAGUUUCAUCAUCUACGCGAGAUCCAAUGGCUAUUGAAGAAGGAAAAUUGUGUAUGUUCAAAGGAAAUGUGGCAGAUGUGUCAAAUUGUGCAUCUUAUUUUUAUUGCAAGGAAGGGAUAUCAGUUAAAUCUCGUUGUCCUGAAAAAAAUUUGUUUGAUGAUGAUUUGAAAACAUGCAAUGACUACAGAAAAGUCUUUUGUGGUGAUCGACCAGAAAAUGAAAAGUAUAAAGAUCCAUGUAAUGGUCAACCAAAUGGAAAAUAUACAGAGAUUGAUACUGGUUGUAUAAGUUGGUAUACGUGUAUUGAUCAAGGAAAAGCAAAAUCGGAUGAUUGCCCAGGAGGAUCACGUUUUAACACGCUUACAUUGCGUUGUGAUCAUCCAAGAAAUAUCCCAAAGCCUUGUGGAUUAAGAAGUAAAUCGUCUGGUAAGUUCUGGUGA